GCUUAAAUAAAAAGCGAACGGUGUGCACACAACUCUUGGAAGCGAAACAGCAGAAAAGCAAAAACCAAAUAAGAUCGUCGAUUGACCCGGUGCUGUUGCGGCCUACAGAGUCUUUGGCGACGCGCUACUUUCGUUGCGGUGAGAGAGUCAUCAAGACGUCUAUCAAAGCACAGGCACACGUACCCACUCACUCACACAGAGAGAGAGAGUUCAGCGACCCCGAAUUGCUCCUCUUCCACCCCCCCCCCCUCCACCAAAUAGGACUUAAGCAAAAAGAAGAUACCUUCGAAGAGCGCCUCGCCCAACACCCGUUGCAUGUACAACAACAUCAAAAAGCAAACAAACGAGCAACAGUAUUGUGAAUCAAACAUUUUAACAGCAUCAUUCCCGCCUCAUUCCCCCCGAUUGUGGCACGCCAAGUCUGUGAUCGCUACCAGAAAAAAAAAGGUCGAUUGGGUUGGGCGACACACACGCCUCCACAAAACACACCUACAAGUGCUAUCUUUCUCCGGGUUUUUUCUUUAACGUUUCCUUCAGAAUCCGAGAAGAGGAAGUUAAAGGCAGCCCGUGUAGGUCGCCAUGCUCAACGCUUCAACCGAAGUGCACCCCUCGGUGUCGCCGCGGUGCGGUAUUGCUUGCGCCAACGUGGACGCCACCUCCUCCGAGGGGAGCGCCGCCUUGUCAACGCUCGGCUGUGAGGCGACGUGUGCGAAUGCGUUGAGUGCCUCGGCGGUGCGUGGGACGACCUGGCGUGACGUCGCGUCCGUCGCGCCAUCUCACCUCCUGCUUUCGACUUCCAGCUCCAUGAUGGCAGGCGAUCCCGGCCUGACAGCGGAGAUGACGCGCACGGAGACACAGAUAGGGCCGUCGUUAAGCUGCGAUGAGACUCAACUCGCCACGGCGGCCAUCAACUCCUCGGCGCAGCACGCGGUGCUAGCGAAGGGCAUCAACAGAUUCCACGAGCUUGUGACGCAUCUGCCGUCCCUGACCACUACCGCUGCCUCGGUGUUCGUCAACGCGACCGCCGACUCCCGCAGCAGCAAAGAGGAGCAACCGUCGUCGCUCAAGUCCACGAUUAGGCCGCAGCUUUCCUACAUAACGACUGCGGCGGUGGGCGGGGGUGUUGGCGCCUCUCCAAGUAGCCGCAACGCAACGCCGCUAUUAGCGGCGCAACUUCCGGCCAGCACGGUGCCCACGCACUGUGACCGCAUGCUGUUGAUGUGUCCACAGACAGAACAGUGCGUGAACGACGUGCCGGCAACCUUGCUGCACCGCCGCGUGUGUGCGACCGCCGACCCACUGAAAGCGGGCGCGGCCAAGAGUGAGUUGGCGCGGCUGCAGCGCAGCGGGUCGGGGUGUUUCUUUACUGCGGCGCGCCGGCGAGAGAGGGAGCUGGGCAGUGCGGACGGCGCGCGGGCGGGCGUGGGAAGAGACGACGACAGCAGACUCUCCACGGCCUCGCUUCGCCUGCCCAAUUCCGUCUCUUCCCCCUUCUCCCCUCCAUCCUUAGCAUUCCAAGCGAACGUGUGGGUCACGGCAAGGGAUUCGGAACGUACAGACACCAACAGCUCUACUUUGCAGGCACGGGAAGCUUUUCAGCUGUAUCUCGACCACACGCGCAGGACCGUAUUGAGCACAGAGGCGAGCGCAGCGGAUCGGGCCAAGGCGUUCGAUGAGCUGACGACACACUCAAGGGAGCUAUUCGACUUGCUCGACGAGAUAUACACCUCCUUCGACGGCCCGGAUCGGCGGAACUACUCCAUGUUGAAGGUGUUGCCCUUUGAUGAAGCGUUUGCGUCCUGCUCUAGUCUGGAGCCGCUCGUGCGUCCAGGGGCAGGCGCGGCAGCGGCAACCGCUGCGACGACCUCCGCAAGCAGCGAUGAUGAGAUGCGCAACGCCCCGAUUGAGCCGCUGUCGCUCACCGCUCGCACCUACGCCGCCCACCUCCCUCCGUUAGGCACCAAUGCGACGACACUGCGGCUCCUGGACGGCUUCGAGCGUGUCCGUCGCAGCAGCUUUAACAGCUGCAGCGACACCAGCGUAGCGUACCUCGACGUGGUGAACAACUACUUUGUCCUGAAGCUCCUUGGCGUAGGCGCGACGGGGCGGGUGUACCUGACAGUGGAUCGCAACACGAACAGAUACUACGCCAUGAAGACGGUGCCGAAGCGCACGCGACGCACCGCUGCUCACCUGCUCACCCUCCGUCCACACUCCUGUUCGUCGGAGCCGAGCGUGUUGAGGCCGGCGGUGCCGAUGUCUUCGCUUCCAGACAACGGCGUAAAGCUUCCGCCGAGGUACACCACGGGCGGGAGCGCAGCCGACGCGGUGGCAGCCCCGAUCGCUUCCGCCAACGGCACCUCCUCCUGCUCGAUCGUCCGCACAACCUUUCUCCCUUCGACCGCGGAGCACAGCGGCAAGCAGCAGAUGAGCAGUGCGAACGCACCGGACCUGCAAGAGGCCGACAUGGAGGGCUUCUCUCGCUCCGCUAGCCACACCAGCAACCUCGUGAUCCCGUACACGGAGAGCAUCGUCGGCGGCGAGUCACCGUCGUCAUCGAUGGCGGACGGCACUUCACACAACAUGAUUUCUGCAGUCGUGGUGGAUGGAGGUCUCUCGUGGCCUGCCGAGGUGCGGCCGUCGAUUCCCUUUGCAUCACAAGGCGCUGAUCCGCUGCACUUGGCGGCGAACAACGGCGGUGGCAGCUGCAGCAUUCCAACCACCCGCCCUUCAAUUGUUUCCUCCCCUCUUCACGAGGCUGUUCCCGCUGCACCGCGGAGGAAGGACACGUCUGUUACACCGGCAGAGGGUGCGCUGUCAGCGGUGGAGCGUGAAAUACGAGUCAUGCGGCGGGUGCAGAAUCAUCAGCACGUCGUGCAGUUGAAGGAGGUCAUCGACGACGACGACGAGGACUGCGCGCACAUGAUCAUGACGUACGCCGCGAGCGGUCCGCUGACGACGGCGCACAGCUUCGAUCCGGCCUUCGGCGGCGCGCCGUGCGACGUGGUGCGUCCUUUUACGCGCUGCGCCCGCCUCCUAUGGCAGCUCGCCGACGCCCUCAUCUACGUGCACCGCCACCACAUCGUGCACAACGACGUGAAGCCGGACAACGUCCUCCUGACCGACUCGGACAGCGUGUUGUUGACCGACUUUGGCGAGAGUGUGCUGGUCCCGAAGCGCGUGCAGUCGGCCACGGGUGCGCGGCGGCAGCGGCAGCACUCGCCUCGCGCAGAUGACCUCAACGCGUCCGUCGCGGUGCCGCACAACCGCUGGAAGUUGUCUCGCACGUCUGCGGACAGCUUUCUGGGUGGUGGCGGUGGCGGCGGCGACUUCAAUGAGCAGUCUGUCUCGUACCGCACGCAUGGCGGCUGUAGCCCUGGCUUCAGUGGAAACCUGGCCCGCGUUUCGCAGGUAAUGGCGACGGAGAAUUCUUUCCAACCGGACUCGUCAAUGUUUCUCGCCGUCGGCGUCGAUGGUGACGGCCGGUUAAACGAUGGCCGGAUUAUGGCUGGUUCGCCAGCCUUCGCGGCGCCGGAGCUGAUCGACAACAGCACCUGCAGCUACAGCUCCGACACGUGGUCGUUUGGUGUGGUGAUGUACGCCGUCGUCUUCGGCCGCUUACCUUUUGCAGGGCCGUCCAUCAGCGACACCUUUGGCGAGAUCCUCCACGGGGCCUUGACCUUUCCUCCACUGGAUAAGAUGCCGCAGAGCGCGGAGUUGACCGAGGCGGCGUACGAGCAGUGGGUGAUGCUUUGCUCGCGGCUGCUCGUGCGGGAGCCGCAGCGUCGCCCCUCCCUCCACACCAUUCUGCGCCACCCAUUUUUUCGGUCCAUGGUGCCCCUUCCCUCGACACCGCAGAGCUCGAUCAUGGAGGCGUUGCCGAACCGCCGGCGCUCGAUGCUGAGUGCGCGACGGCUAUCCGCGGACGACCCCAACAGUCGCCUGCGAUCUGCGCAGAGUCGUCGCGGCAUGCAACUCGGUCCGCACAUGGACGAUUUGUCACCCAUCUCUCGCACCGUCCGCUCCUCGCCGCGGUCCGUGAACAACGAGUUGCUGUCCCCAGUCGGCUUGUCGAGCGCGUUUCCGCUGCAUAAGGCCACGGUGCCGGAGAAGAGCGACACCCGCACCGCCCACGCGCCGUCUAACCCCACGCCACCGUCUUCUUCUUUCGCCAAGAAGCUCUCCAUUCCGACCCCACCGCGCAUGAACUCCACCGCGCUCGCGCGCGUGCCGGCGCCACCGGCAACCCAAACAGCGAAGGACCCCGGCCCACCCAGCAAACGCAGCUUCUUCUCAGCCAAACAGGAAGACGACGCACCCACCGCGACGGAUCCAAACAUCAUCGCACAGGUGUCGUCGCUCAUGAACUCGAAAGGCACCGACACGCAGCUGCCCCGCCGUUUGUCGUACAACGAUGGCUCCUCCGCAGCCCUCCCCGCCCAACCACAGCGCCUUCUCGAGACGCCGGCGAUGUAUCGCCAGUCUGCUGAUCUCGCGGGCAGCGGUCGCACGGUCAGCCCGCGCGAAAAAUCGUUCUUUCCCGACUCCAACGGUGUGUGCAACGGCUUCCGCCGUGCCCCGUCCGGGCAGACGCCGGUGAGUGCGACGCUGAUGAUGGACUGCACGGCGGUGCCGUCCACGACGCCGGCACUCGGCGUGGCAUCUCCGUCGGAUGCCGCCACCGUCGCACAGGUGACAGAGAAGGAGGAGAUGCGCCGACUUGGUCUCGCCCUCCGCGACGCUGGUGUGACCCCUGCCACGUCUCGUGUGCUGCCGCACCCCGACAAAGCUCAGAGGGACAGCGGUGGCAGUGGUGGCGACGGCAACAGAGGCGUGAACUCGCCUACAACUGCCGCCGCCACCCCCAGUCAGCUGCAUCCGGAGGGCACCAGCGCAGACGCCGAGUCAGGCGAUCGCAUCGUUCACGAAGUCAGCGUCAGCGGCGCCACUCGCAGGCCAUCAGAUGACCAGGGUCGAUCCAGCAGCUUUGACGACGCCCUCAGUCGGCAAGACGCGACCAGCGAUUACUACUCCUACUGGAACGACUCGGAUGAGAUCCAGGUGAGCAGCAGCAGUAGCUGCAGCAGCUGCAUCAGCGAGGAGGCGGCGGCGACGGAGGUGGCCGCGCCAGUAUCGCAGAGGGCGACAGAGUGCAACUUCAACCCACACUUGCCCCUUGGCCCACUAACCACACGCGCUCCUGUGAGACGGUGCGUGGCGUCGGCGAAACAGCGGAUGGUGGUGCCGGUGCUGUCGAGCCACGAAGAAGUGCAGGGGCGACCGAAGCAAUGCAGUCCCUCGAUGGUGAGCAUAGUGGAGGUGAAGAGCAUGACCGCCGAAGAGAGGCGUCUAGGUGAUCCUCGACUAUCGCGAGAGCACGGGAGGUCCACAGCAGGAGCGUCCGAAAGCAGCAAGAAGACCCUUCGACUUGUGGCGGAUGCGAAGCGGGAUUCAUCGAAAAGCCCCUCGACGUGCUCGGUGCCGAGCGGCGACAAGCAGCACAGCAACUCUUUAUCAAUUCCGGAGGCAUCAGCGGAGGAAGUAAGGACGAGACGGACACCGACGCCAACGUUGUGGUCACAGCUCAAACACAACCAUUGA